CCAUAGAUCCAACAAUCAACAACAACAUUUGUCUUAUUUCUUGAAUUUCUCCUGCGUUUUUUUAUGAACUGAGCUCCCAUUUCUUUCUAAUCCACCAUUAAACCAAAGGUGAAAAGAAUCAGAUAGUUUUCUAAUGACGGCGUGUCAGGUGUUAUAGCCUACAGGAAUCUAUUGAAAUUCGUUUUAAUUGGUCUGUUUCUUGUUCAUGUUCAAGGUUGGAUAAAAGGUGCCUCUAAUUGUAUUAAUUUAAAAUCUCCAAGGAUGGAUUUGGAUGUUGUUGAGGCAAAUGGAGAGGAAACAAGUGAUCCUCAGAGAGAAUGCGGUUCUGCAUCUGCAGUAGAAUUGGAGGUUAACUUCAUAAGCUGUGGAGAAGCACAAGCUGAGGCCUGUUUCAAUGAAAAAUUAGUGGCGGGUGAUGAAGUGCUAGUAAAUUCGAAUCAGCUGGGGAGAAAGGGGUCUGCCUCCCCGCCCGAUGAUUUUCAGAACGUGGAACUCCCUCAUGAUAAAUCCCAUUCACUUGCAACUGAAUUUACCUAUGAUCAGGAGAGGAUACAUCCGGUAUUGAAAGAUAAAGAGUGCCAAGCUGAGAUGGAUGAGUUAAGUGGCAAUUAUUUUCAUAAAUCGAUUUCCCACAGUGAAAGGAGAACUGAGGAUUCUGUUCAUUCACAGGAGUCUCCCAUAAAAGUAGACGACAACCAAACAAAAAUGGACGGCAGAUCUAACUUAGAUGGGUCGAAAAGUACUUCCGCAGGGGAGGAAGUGGAUCUCAUUGAACAGAACUCAUACCGGCUAGGAAAUGAACCUAAGAACGAAAAUGAUGAUUCUAAAGAGUUAUCAACUGAAAGUGGGGAGAUAAAUAUACUUCAUUCACUACCACAUUCUACUGAAGCAUCACCAUUAACAGUAAGGCAAAUGUCAGUUUCACCUAAAAGAUCCACACGCGUACACCAGUCUCCCGAUGAUGGCCACAGGCCAUUUACUUCUCAAGGAAGUGCACAGGAGCCAUCCCAUCCACUUACAUCAACCAGAAACGGAAAAUCUUCUUCACAUGAAAGGGCAAGUAGACACAGGUAUAGACAGUCGUCAUCACCCAAAAUGCCUGGAGAGGCUAAAGAAGUUCCGCCUCGAGAGCAUGUAUCUUCUUCUAGAAAGCAAACAUCUGUAUCUCCAAUAAGAUCCCGCGACUCACCUAGAAAAUAUGGAAGAAGGGAAAGAUCGGUAUCCAGGUCUCCAGUUAGGCGGAGGGAGUCCUCUUCUGGAUAUAAGAGAGAACAUCGUCACAGAUCUCGAUCAAGAUCCCCAUAUAAGAGAGAGCAGCAGAGGCCCUCUAGAGGAAGGUAUUCUCCAAGGCAACGAUCUCCUCCAGGAUAUCACUCUAGUCGUCACUCUCCUCGACGUAGACCUUGGGCGCCUCCUCCAGGUAGGAGAACUGGAUUAGGGAAACCUGGAAACAUUUUAUUUGUCGCAGGAUUUAGUUUUCCUACCACAGAGAAAGAUUUGGAAAGGAAGUUUUCCAGGUUUGGCCGUGUACGAGAUGUUCGUAUAGUCCGGGAUAAGAGGUCUGGGGAUUCUCGUGGAUUUGGCUUUUUAUCACUGGAAAAGGACGAAGAUGCAGAUGAAGCAAUCAGAGCCCUGGAUGAGACCGAAUGGAAUGGUCGGGUUAUUCUUGUUGAGAAAUCAAAAUCUCAUUGAUAAGUCAGUCACCCUGGCUAUGCCAGUUGUUGAGCUUGCCUGUGGCAUAAUGAUCUCAUUCAAGCGGUAAACUUUUCGACUUUUUGACAAAGUUAAACUACUUAAAAGCACAUGUAAAAUCCUUGGAGCUAAAGGUUUCAUGUUUCUGGAAGUUUUCUCUAUCUUUGAAUGCAUGAUGCCUGCGACUAUUUCUUA